AUGCAAUCUGGAGCACUGGUUGCUUCUUGUCUAUCACUUUUGAUUUCUUUGGCUACUCUGAAGGCGGAUAUUUGUCCACGCGGUUAUUGGCCGGCAGAUGUACAGUCAGCAUCCACAGAAAAAGCUAUAAACCAGUACAAUAGCGAUCGAAAAUAUUCUCUGCCUUAUGGGCCCAUAGGAAACACACCAAUAUGCCGUUUCUGUCCUCAGAUUAGUUGCUUUAUCAUGCGACAGAUGACGGAAAAGAAGGAUUCCAAAAAGGAAUCGAUGAUUCGACGACGACCACGACCUCAUCCAACGCAUUCUCUUACCACAACUCCAAGAACAUCAUCUCUGGAAAAUCUCUUCCCUGUGUUUGAUAAUGCCAAUGCAACCAAAUUGUCGGAAGGACAUGAGGAUUCAAAUGUUAUGAUGACCUGUGUUCCCUACUCUGAGCUGCCACAUCCUGAACAAGUCAUCACUUAUUUGGACUGUGUUCAGAUUGGUCAAAGGGAUCUCUACUACCUGUUCAUCUACGUACCAGUCAACAAGGAGAACGAAGUUGCCCCAGUGGAUUGUAUAGACCCGAAUUUCCUUACAUGGAUUCCAAAAAGGGAGAAGCUGAAAGGAAUUGAACUGGGAUUUCCUAUGAAGAAAUUGCCAUCAUACCUCUUCCGAUAUUAUCGAGACAUUAUGGAGGCUACUGAACAAGUCUGCAUCGACUCCUCUGCGUUGAUAAAUUAUGAAAUUGAUCCACACGAUUUACAACGAUUCGAUGGAAAGGUGCUGACACAAACAGUGUAUCGUCAUCGAGGCCUUAAAAGGAAUGUGCUACCACCGAAACAACCACCCAAUACUGCUGAAACUGGGCAUAAAAGUGAUGAGGAGGUGGCUGAAUGUCCAAAUCUAACACCCACUGGAGUUGGACGAACGUUUAGCGACAAGGACUGUCGCUAUGCUGCCUCGGCGUGGCUCGAUCCUCAAGUUAAUGUUUAA